UCUGGACCAUUCUCCACUCCAUCCUGUCUUUUAAAACUCUGGGAACUUCACAAAACUAUCAGACUUGAUUUUGAAGGACGGGGAAAACUAAUUCAUCGGUCAAGUCUCUCAAAAACUUGACAAACCCAUACCUAUUUUUCUUUUGUGUGUGUGUGUUUAAUUUAUUUUUUGUUACCAACAGCUGCCCAUCAUUGACAGUGGCACUAUGUGGGACUUCACAGUCGUGACUCUGGUGCUGUCUACCGUCUUAGUUGUGUCUCUGGCACAAGGACCCAUCUGGGACAGCUCACAUCUUCAGAGGUUAAACAAAACGGACAGGAACAGAAAGCUGGCUUACAACAGCCUUAUGGAACCACAGACCACAGGCGUGACCGAGUGGACAUCCUGGUUCAAUAUCGACCAUCCGGGAGGAAACGGGGACUACGAGAGGUUAGAAGCCAUUCGCUUCUACUAUCGGGAAAGGGUUUGCUCGCGACCUGUAGCCAUGGAGGCCCGUACCACAGACUGGGUUGCAGCUGCAGAUACAGGGGAGGUGGUCCAUUCCAGUCUGGAGAAGGGCUUCUGGUGCAUCAAUAAGGAGCAGCCGCUUGGUCGCAGCUGCUCCAAUUACCAUGUGCGAUUCCAGUGUCCACCAGUCCACUCAUACUGGACCGACUGGAGUGAAUGGACGCCUUGCUCUGCCACUGCCUGUAACGAUGUUGGCAUCCAAGUCCGUCAGAGGAAAUGCAUGAGCACGCAACCUCUUCCAUUGCUGCUUUCGCGUUGCGUGGGACCUCACAUCGAACGGAGAGAGUGUUCAACCCCACCAUGUGAAGCCUUGUGGAGCCAAUGGGGUUCAUGGAGUGCUUGCUCAGUGACCUGUGGAAAGGGACGCAGGACAAGACGUAGGACAUGUCACAGAUCUUCAACUAAGAUUCAGUGUACAGGACGACCCGUAGAGGUCCAUAAGUGUGGAAAUCCAUGCCCAGUGGCAUGCAAACGUGUCUGUCCUGGGGGACGUCCCAAUAAGGACUGCAGCUACUGUAUCUGUGAUGGACAGACGCUACACGGGGAGGUCUUCACCGUUACAGGUGUCCCAGUGGCUGACGCCACAGUGGCUCUGGCCAGCCAAGCCAAGGUCAUCCGUGCCCACACUGAUGCCAAGGGUCAAUUCAAGAUUGAAGGACUGUGCACCAACCCUCAGACCCAAGUAAUAAUAAUGAAGGAUAAAUUUGCUCCCAUCACACUCCCUGUUUCCAUCAACAGCACUGAUGAACUCUGGGUACGGGCUGUCUUACGAUCCUCAGAAAAGCCAUAUAUUGAGAAACAUCCCGAAGACAAAGUACGUUACGAGGGACAACGUGCAACCCUUUGCUGUAGAGCAACAGGAACACCAAAACCUGACAAAUAUUACUGGUACCACAACGGAACUUUAUUGAAUCGCACAAAAUACAAGUACGAUGAAGAUUUGAUAUUGCGGGACCUGAAACCAGAGCAGUCAGGGCAAUAUCACUGCAAAGCAACUAGUCUGACAGGCAGCAUCAAGUCUACUCCAGCCGUCCUCACUGUUUUCGCUAAAGGAUCACCAGCAUGCAACUCAACACCCGAUUCUUACUUGAUCAAAUUGCCAUUUGACUGCAGGCAGCCAGGAACAGACUCCAAGUUUUACAAUGCAGGUCGCUGUCCACACAACAAAUGCCCUGGAUCACUGGACUUUGACAUGCGCUGCAGGGAUGGAUCCGGCUUCUGCUGUGGGGUCAAACAAAUGGACACUAGAGAGAUCAAAUGUGGCCGUUACACCCUGCCUAUCAAAGUUGUAAGUGAAUGUGGCUGCCAGACCUGUGUGGAGCCCAAAGUCCUUGUACGGGGCAGAGUGGUGGCAACAGACAAUGAUGAACCCCUUCGCUUUGGACACAUUUACAUAGGAAAGGAACGGAUAGGUACCACGGGAUAUCAGGGUGGUUUCACAAUCCAGGUGUCUCCAGAUACACAGCGUCUUGUGGUAAACUUUGUCGACCCUUCUCAGAAGUUCAUCGACACAAUCAAGGUUUUUAUUUUUGACAAAAGAGGAGGUGCAGUCUAUCAUGAUGUAAAAGUGAUGAGGAAGCAAGAACCUAUUGAUAUCAAUGCUGCCGAAAGCAAUACCAUUUACCUAGGUGAAAUUAAAGGCGAGGACCCUAUCGGUCAACUGGUGAUACCUCCAAAUUCUUUCCAUAAAAACACAGGAGAAGUGUACGAAGGGACUGUUAAGGCCAGUGUCACGUUCCUCGACCCACGCAACAUUACCAUGGCUGCUGCUGCCCCUGGUGAUCUCAACUUUGUAGACGAUGAAGGAGACAUGCUCCCUCUCAGGACAUACGGAAUGUUUUCAGUAGAUUUCCGAGAUGGGGCAAACCAGGAGGUUCUAGGAGCCGGCGCAGUCCAGGUUCUCCUUGAUACAGAGCACGUUAAGAUGCAGGAGCACAUUCCUACUAUGAAACUCUGGUCCCUCAAUCCCGACACAGGCAUUUGGGAGGAGGAAAGUAACUUUCAACCCACACAAAGUACCAUUGCUGGCAGUGGGAGGAACAAACGAGAGGAGCGCACCUUCCUGAUAGGAAAUAUGGAAAUCAGGGAGCGUAGGUUGUUCAAUCUCGAUGUACCUGAAAAUCGCCGCUGUUAUGUCAAGGUGAGGGCGUACAUGAGCGACAAGUUCCUGCCCAAUGAGCAACUAGAAGGAGUGGUAAUAAACUUGAUAAACCUGGAGCCCAAGCCUGGUUACUCGUCAAAUCCAAGGGCAUGGGGUCGCUUUGAUAGUGUGAUAACAGGACCAAAUGGUGCUUGUCUUCCAGCUUUCUGCGAUGCUCAGAGGCCUGAUGCAUACACGGCUUACGUCACGGCUAUAAUGGGAGGUGAGGAAUUGGAAGCAGCCCCCUCAAUGCCAAAAAUGAACCCAAACAUUAUUGGCGUGUCUCAACCUUACUUAGGGAAGUUAGAUUACCAGCGCUCAGAUCAUGAGGAUCCAGCACUUAAGAAAACCGCUUUCAGAAUCAACCUGGCCAAACCAAACCCUAACAAUUUUGAUGAAACAAAUGGUCCAAUCUAUCCUUACCAGAGUUUAAUUGGAUGUGAAAAUGCACCUGUUGACGCCAACCACUUUCGUUUCUUCCGUGUCGAAAAAGAUAAAUACGAGUACAAUGUGGUACCCUUUCAGGAGAGUGACCUCACAUCUUGGACUGGAGACUACCUUUCCUGGUGGCCAAAUCCACAAGAGUUCAGGGCUUGCUUCAUCAAAGUUAAGAUUCAUGGAGCUACAGAAAUCAUGGUAAGGUCAAGAAACCUUGGUGGAACUCAUCCUCAAACAAGGGGCCAGUUGUAUGGCAUUAGAGACAUUCGUAGUACCCGUGACUUACACCAUCCCAACACCUCUGCUGCUUGUCUUGAGUUCAAGUGCAGUGGGAUGCUCUUUGAUCAAGGUAUUGUAGACAGGUCACUCAUUUCUGUGAUUCCACAAGGCAACUGCCGUCGGAUAGGCAUCAAUGGUCUCCUGCAAGAGUAUCUAAUAAAGCACCCUCCUGUUCUUCAGAACAAUGAGUCUCAUGCAUUCAAUAUGUUAGCUCCUGUUGAUCCCCUUGGACACAAUUACGGAAUAUAUACCGUCACUGACCAAAACCCACGAGUUGCCAAAGAGAUUGCCAUUGGCCGCUGCUUUGAUGGAACUUCAGAUGGUUUUUCCAGGGAGAUGAAGUCAGAUUCUGGAGUGGCACUAACGUUCAGCUGCCCUAAAAGAACUGUGAAUCGUGAGAGCUUAUUCCAGCGCUUGCAAACAAAUCCUGGCCUAACACUAACACAGAUGGCACGGGAGAUGAGAGAGUCCCAGGGAUUGCAAGUCAGAAGAGGGUCAACCCAAAUGGUGGCCUACCCCUUUGGCCAACAAGGCAGGAGCCAGAACCGCAGAGCCACUAACACUAAUAGAAGGAGACCUGCUACCAGGACACAACCAAGACAGUAGAUCUUUCUUUAGGUCUUUCAGGUUGAAAAGAAUGAAGAAAUAAGACUCAAAAAAAUCUGCAAUGGAAAUCCCAAACUUGGCCAGCUGGGUGAUAUUGGAUGCUCUGUCCCAAAGGAGCAAAAUCCUUACCUGAUUUAUCCGAAAACAUUUAAACUCUUUCUGUUUGUCUAUGGGAAACUGUCCUCUCAAGUUUACUUCAUUGUUUAAGACACUUAUUUUAUGAUUAGGCCAAAUACUCGUACAGGAUAAUCUCAUUUAUUUAUUUCAAAUGUCAAAACGUGCUUAUGUGGAGUGUCUACAUUUAGAUUAUUGACUCAUUAUUGACAAGUCUGUAGGGGUUAAGGUCAGGUGUGACAGCUGCUAAUCCUUUCAUCAACAACAUAUUAGAGAACUCUGUGGGAUGCAAUGAACUAGACCCGAGGCAGCAAAGAUGCUUGUUCUGUCUCGUCUCCUUUUUGUUGUUAUUUGGCCAACUAUCGGUCCAAAGCACGACUGACCCCAGCCAAGAAUUGCAUUCCUUAACAGAACGGAUCGCCAAGGUAGACAAAACAAACAUGUGGUGAGACAUAAAGAAUGAUAUAAUCUAACUUCAAACACAAAUUAAUGCAACAUUGCCUUUUUUUUAAAUGCCCUCAUCAUCCUUUUGACCGCCUGACCGGCCUAUUUAAAAGUUUUCUUUUGAUAUGAAAUCCAACUUAUACAGUACAUCUCAGUGUAUAAUGUCUAGAUAUUAGGGUAAACUGAUUGUAUUUUGUUUCUUGUUUCUGUCUGUCUUCUAAAGUGCAAUAUUGUGUUCCAAUAAUGACUUGAGAGUCCUAACAAAAAUGUCCUAUGUUAUGAGCCAAUCAGCCAUAGGUCUGUUUAAAAUGUUGGGCUAUUCCCUCAGUAAGUGUAUAUCUGAAUUUCAAAUUACAAAGCACCUGUUUUUUAACCUAGACAUAAUGAAUCUGAGCUUGCUAAUCCAAUGCAGUCUCCUCUCAUUUAGCCAGCUGACAAUGCAACAUAAAUGCAGUUGCAGUAUUUUAAAACCACCUUGAAGUAACUAUGGACAUUUACAAAAAAACAGUUGUGUGAUUUCAACUUUUAAUGGACCAUAAAAAAUCACGCAGACCUGCAUGAGCUGGACAACUGUAUUUUCCGAGGUAUGUUUGUAGGUAGCAUUGCAAAUAGGAUUUCAUUAUGGUAAUUCUGCUUUGAUUUGUUUAAUCCCUUAUGCGGUAAAAUUCAUCACUAUCCUGUGUUGGUUCAAAGCAGGAAUUUAAUUCGGUUGAGGGAUUGCAUUGCAUGUUUUAAUAGAUAAUGGUGGAAAUGUUUAUUGUCUUUGUCUCCAAAGAUUGCCCAGUGCGGGUAGAAUAUAAACAAUAUUGUGAAAUAUAAUCAAAUUAAAUGUUAAAAGGAACAAAAAUAUAAUACCUUGCCUAUAUAAUACCUUGGAUUAUUUUCUUCAAGAAAAUAAUCCAGAAUGUGGCAAUUUUUUCUAAAAUUGCAGUUGACCAAAUGUAAUUACGUAAAAAGUAUGUUAAAUUGUGCCAUUAACAGCACAUUGUUGUGGCCAACUAGAAUCAUUAGGAAAUGAAAUAUGUAACUCUAAUCCAUUUUUUCCCAUUUAAACUGUAAAACACUUUGCUGUAUGCCAAGUACAGACUUAAAACAACUAAAAUCAUGUUUGUUUGUUUUUUAUAUCCCAGGCAGUCUCACCUGUGAGUGAUGUUGAGUCAUACAUUUGUAACUUGAAUAACUUUAAACUGUAAUUUUGUAAUAUAUUCAGUCAAUGUAACCUUUGGUCUUUCAGCAUAUCUAUACUGUACAUUUCUAUUUCAGAGGCAAGCUGGAGGUGGAUAUUGGAUGAAUACGGUGCUAAAAAAAUUAGUUGGCCUCCAGUUAGCUUUCAAAAGAGUGUUUGUCCUCACUUCAACUGUCUGGCUGGUCUCAGGGAGACUACAGAAUUUCCAGGAAUAUCCUCUGGCAAAAUGUGCGUUGAUAAUAACUCUACCGCAUUGUCUACGCUACAAAGUGAGAGUUGAAUAGUUGCCUCUGUGCUCUUGCAAAUCUCUGUUCAUGCUUGUUUCAGAAACCUCUUACAUAAAACAAAUGCUGAAAAUCCAUGCAAAUCAUAUUGUAACGUAGACUGCAUGAAAUUUCCCACCUUGCUAUCUCAAAAGCCAGUUUUAUGUGUAAAUUGUGGAUUAAAAUGUCUGUCAGUUUUACCAGAAUGUAAAUAAAGAUCUCUUGUAAACA